CGAGACUGACACGAAGAUGCCGAUUCCCCGGCGUCGUAAUCCGACGAGCGGUAGCUCCGGCGUGCAAGCAAGCGGCGGCGGUGUCACCGGGAACGGAUGCGGUAGAUCCAUGGUGGCUUUCAUGUCGCUCGUUGCUGCUCUUCGGGUGCAAGGAAUCCUACUAACCGUCGCUCUCAUCGAUCCUCCACCCUGCUCCCACCCCGAUGCGUGUUUCUCUGCCCCCAUUUCGCUCCGCUUAUCCAUCCACGAACUCGCCACGCGCGGCGGCGAAAAGGCGCGAUUUUUUACUCUUCUUUCACAGUUUCACUGGCCCAGCGACUCGGUUAGAGUGAGUGAUCUGUGUGGAGGAGGGAUUCACUUGUUGCGGCUUGCUUUCCGUGCAAUCCUCGGGCCGAGGUGAAGUCGCCAAUCGUUGCGUUGGCGCCGUUUCUUGGCGCGGCUUCGCCUCGCGGUGGCGAUCGAUCGGGACAUAAAUGGUGUGGGGUGGGAUUCCAUUGAUGCGAAGGUAGCUCAGUGGUGGGGAGGGAGAGAGUGAGUGGGGGGAAGUGGUUCUUGGAGGGAGGGCGAGGGCUGAUUGAUGGCGCGGGGCGCGGCGGCGGCGGCGAUUGGGGUCGUGGCGGUGUUCUUGGUCGCCGCCGUCCAUGGCGUCGCGGCGAAGGACUGCACGAACGCGCUCCCGGGGCUGACGGCGUCGCACACGGAGCGCGCCGCGGCGCAGCUGCGGCCGGAAGGGGGAGAGGCUGUGCGGAUGCUCGAUCUCCUCCCCCACGGUCACGGCCAUGGCCACGGCGGCGACCACGACGACCGGCACCUCACCCCUACCGACGAGUCCACGUGGAUGUCUCUCAUGCCGCGGAGGCUCCUCGGCGGCGGACGGCGCGAGGCGUUCGACUGGCUCAUGCUCUACCGCAAACUCCGGGGCUCCGGCUCCGGCGCCGGCGGGGCGUUCCUGUCGGAGGCGUCGCUGCACGACGUGCGGCUGCAGCCGGGCACGGUGUACUGGCAGGCCCAGCAGACCAACCUGGAGUACCUGCUCCUCCUCGACGUCGACCGCCUCGUCUGGAGCUUCCGCACGCAGGCCGGCCUGCCGGCGUCCGGGACGCCCUACGGCGGGUGGGAGGGCCCCAACGUGGAGCUCCGGGGACACUUCGUCGGGCACUACCUGAGUGCUACUGCCAAGAUGUGGGCAAGCACACACAAUGAUACUCUCCAGGCUAAGAUGUCAUCGGUCGUCGACGCGCUCUAUGAUUGCCAGAAGAAGAUGGGCAUAGGGUACUUGUCGGCCUUCCCCUCGGAGUUCUUCGACAGGGUCGAGGCCAUCAAGGCUGUUUGGGCUCCUUACUAUACAAUUCACAAGAUUAUGCAAGGUCUUCUUGAUCAGUAUACAGUGGCUGGGAACUCUAAGGCCCUUGAUAUGGUGGUGGGGAUGGCUAAUUACUUCAGUGACCGCGUGAAGAAUGUCAUACAGAAAUACAGCAUUGAGAGGCACUGGAAUUCACUCAAUGAGGAGACUGGUGGGAUGAAUGAUGUGCUCUAUCAGCUCUACACGAUAACGAAUGAUCAGAAGCAUCUUACGCUGGCCCAUCUUUUUGAUAAGCCAUGCUUUCUUGGGUUGCUUGCAGUUCAGGCUGACAGUAUUUCAGGCUUCCAUUCAAAUACACAUAUUCCAGUUAUUAUUGGUGCACAGAUGAGAUAUGAAGUUACUGGUGAUAUUCUAUACAAGCAAAUUGCAACAUUUUUCAUGGAUACCAUCAAUUCUUCUCAUAGCUAUGCUACCGGGGGCACGUCUGCCGGUGAAUUUUGGACCAACCCAAAACGUUUAGCUGAUGUUCUGAGUACUGAGAAUGAGGAAUCUUGCACUACCUACAACAUGCUCAAGGUUUCUCGCAACCUAUUCAGAUGGACAAAGGAAAUAGCAUAUGCAGACUAUUAUGAAAGGGCACUGAUAAAUGGUGUUUUAAGCAUCCAAAGAGGAACUGAUCCCGGUGUGAUGAUUUACAUGCUACCACAGGCCCCUGGACGAUCUAAAGCAGUUACCUAUCAUGGUUGGGGAACAAAGUAUGACUCCUUCUGGUGCUGUUAUGGGACAGGCAUAGAAUCCUUUUCAAAACUCGGUGAUUCCAUUUACUUUGAGGAGAAAGGUGAUACACCAGUGCUAAACAUCAUUCAGUACAUACCGAGUACUUUUAACUGGAAAGCUGCUGGGCUUACUGUUAAUCAACAACUAAAAGCCCUCAGCUCUUUGGACAUGUAUCUUCAAGUUUCACUCUCCACUUCUGCAAAGGCAAACAGUCAGUCUGCCACAUUGAAUGUGAGAAUACCAUCAUGGAUAUCUGCCAAUGGUGCAAAAGCAACUCUAAAUGACAAAGAUUUAGGAUCAGUAUCUCCAGGUUCUUUCCUCUCAAUCACCAAACAGUGGAAUUCAGAUGAUCACUUAUCGCUACAAUUCCCUAUUACACUAAGGACUGAAGCAAUAAAAGAUGAUCGGCCAGAAUAUGCAUCUCUUCAAGCAAUCCUAUUUGGGCCAUUUGUUCUUGCUGGCCUAACCACUGGUGAUUGGUCCGCAAAGGCCGGCCAUACCAGUGCAAUUUCAGACUGGAUAGCUGCAGUCCCUUCAUCAUAUAGCUCACAACUGGUGACCUUCACCCAAGAAUCUAGCAGGAAGACGUGCAUUCUCUCGAGCGCAAAUGGCACUCUCACAAUGCAAGAACGGCCAACGGUUGAUGGCACUGAUACCGCCAUCCAUGCAACAUUCAGAGUAUACUCUCAGGACUCAGCAGGGCAACAUGACACCCACACUGCAACCUUGAAGGGAACCUCUCUGCAGAUCGAACCAUUUGACCUUCCAGGAACGGUGAUCACCAACAACCUUACCCUGUCUACGCAAAAGAGUUCAGAUUCCUUCUUCAACAUUGUACCCGGGCUUGACGGAAAACCGAACUCGGUUUCCCUUGAGCUGGGAACGAAACCGGGAUGCUUCCUGGUGACGGGCGCGGAUUACUCAGUAGGAACAAAGAUUCAGGUCAGCUGCAAGAAUUCUCUUCCAAGCAUCAAUGGCAUAUUCGAGCAAGCAGCAAGCUUUGUGCAGGCUGCUCCAUUGAGGCAGUACCAUCCUAUCAGCUUCAUUGCAAAGGGGGUGAAGAGAAACUUCCUGCUUGAGCCACUGUACAGCCUGAGAGACGAAUUCUACACAGUUUACUUCAACCUUGGGGCCUGAUCCUUGCAAUAUUACUCCAUAGUAGAAAGAAUCAAGAAUUCAGAAUAAUGGUUGUCCUUUUUCUUGCAUAUACUGUAAUUUAGAAUCAUGCAACCAGAGGGAGAAUGAGUUGUUUCUUCUCAAAUUGUAGGAUAAUUUUACUGAGUUUCAGUGCAAUGUUGUGAAGCUUCUCUUUCU